GGCCGCGUAUGUUAGUUAAGGUUUGAGACCCGUUUCGUCAGGACGCGUUGUGCGCGAUCGUGAUCUGUUGCUCGCUCGCUAGAACGGAAACAGUUGUGCUUAAUUAAAAGGUUUGGGGGUUUCGGGCUGUACCGAAGCGAGCAACAAGUGAUUUGAGCGUGUGUUUUUUUGGGUUUUUUUGUGACUGUGAACAUUUUACGGACAUCGGUUCAACGAUCGACCCAAGGGAGGAGGGGAAGAGUCACAAAAUGUUUGCGUCAAGGUCGAGCUUUCGAAGAUUCCCAGUGUGGAGUGUGGUGCUGCUGCUGUUGCACGUCUCCGUCGCUCAACAGUACACCGGAGUAAAAUCUGUGUCUUCCUCGCCGGAAGUGAGUCAAAUACAGCCAGCUCACUCGGCACGCUCGGUGGACGGUGGAAUUCCUGCGACGGACAGUAAUAUAAUCAACCUCGCGAUCACACCGUUCGCACGUGGGCAAGGAUUUUCGGCUGCAAAAGGACGAAAUCUUGGCUUUGCGAACGACGCCUCCCUGAACGCAAUCCCUGCCGGCAUUAACAAUGAACUGUCGAACGUUGACGUUCGCGGAACGACACAGCCCCAGCAGAACACGGUGCUGCGCGAUAGCUACGGCAAUCCCGUGACACCGUUCACGGAUCUGGCCAAGCCAGAACUGGAUUCGGUCGGGUUUCUUACGAACGUUAACCGGGGCGCCAACUUUCAAUCGGCGGGUCAGUACAACUUUAAAGUUCCAAGCUACGCGUCCGGUAUAAUCGAACCGAUCGGGCAGCCCAACUUUGGACUGCUGCCUCCCAACCCAGUCCCCAGCACCGUACAGGUGGUACCGCCGCGCAGCACCACAACGGCAAAGCCUUUCAGCACGCAGCAACAGUUCCUGCCAAAUGCAAAAAUUCCAAACAUCGAGGAGGGUAAGAUUCUUUUCGCCCAGAAACCUGUCAACGGGCUGUUGCCUCCCUUGUUCCCGGAUCAAUUGCCGCCAGUUUACGACAUUAAGGUGGGCACAGAACGAUCGACAAUCUUUGCCCGCGAUCCUUUCGUGGGUCCGGUAAAGCCGACGCCACAGCAACCUUCCGUGCCACAAGCUGCCGUGGGGCCUGACAGUAUCGUGGGAUACAAAACCGAUGUUAAUCAGCAGACGAACUUCCCUAAACCUGGGAGUCCGGCAACGGAGACUAGAUUUUCUGGAUCGGCUGCACCUGCGGGCCCUACCUUUGCCACUACUUCAAAACCCGUGGUACAGAAGUAUAACGGAGGGUUCGGAGGACCGGCCGGAUUUCUUGGCAAUCAGCAAAACCUUGGCACUGCUUACACAUCGACCGUAAGACCGAAUGUCCCGCAGGUGGUUCCCACAGCCCCACAACCUCCCCAGCAGCGCCCUCAGACCGUAUUUAUACCGCAAAACCAAUCCCCAACAACGGCUAGACCAGAGGACAAAACAACCGUUCAAAAGUAUGUGGGCAGCUUUGGAGGACCGCCAGGGUUCUUGGGUAAUCAGGCAAACCUGGGCACAGCGUACACUAAACCUCCACAAACGCUCGCAGCAAAUGUGCCAACCGUCGCUCCUGCUCAGCAACCUCCACAACACUUCGGCCCUGCUCAUACUGGGCCUGUUCCAACUUCUCCACAACCUGCGGUCCCACCACGACCUGUAUCCGUACCAUCGGUACCCUCGGUUCCAAACAAAUUCAAUGGCCCAUUCGUCGGACCUCCCGUUAACCAAGGUGCAGGUAUUAGACCAACGUCAGCUCCCAUAUUCACGCCACCCGCGCAACCAGUGAGACCCGUUCCGACGUCGAACACUUUUAACGGUGGCAACAAGUUUACCGGAAGCUUCGGUGGUGCUCCCGGAAUUUUGGGAAAUCAGCAGAGGCCUGGUACAAACGUUAAGCCGGACGGCAGCAUAUUUGCAUCCGCUCAACCCCAGCAGCAACAUGCUCAGCACCAUCAACAGCAGCAGCAGCAACAAACUUUACCUCAACAGUUCCAACAGCCAAAACCUGUGACCGAUACGUUUACCGGUAGUUUUGGUGGCCCUCCAGGUGUACUGCGCCCAUUUGAUAACACGAAAGGUUAAAGUGGGUAGACAGGCAUCGGAUUGCCAGAACGGCAUAUUCUCUCAAUUUCUGUGGGGGUGGAAAGUAUUACCGGUAGGAUGCCGUGGAUAAGUUAUUUCCAUGGUUGUAGUUUUUAAGACACGCUCAGACGCGGUGUUGAUCGGAAGAGUGAGAAUGGAGAGUUAAAGUCACACGACUUUUACACUGCGCGCAUUUAUUAAGAUCACACCAAUUUUCAUCGGCAUUAAAUACGUAUCAACUUCCAUGUGAGUAAUUGUAAUGAAAAUAAAAACAAAUUGGAAAAAUAUAAAUGUGCUCAAGAGCGUA